GCUUCGUCAGUGACGCAUGCGCGAAAAGAAGUCGCGGAUCGCAGUCGGCCGUUGCUGUCCGGACAAGAAAAGGAAGCUCCCGCAGCAAAGUCAGCGCCAAAAAGUGCGAGUGAAACUUCACGUCGGAUAACGCCCAUAAAAGGAUUCUAAAUGAUGUCCCGGAGAAGAAGCAGAAGCCCAUCCCGAGAACGUAGAAUGCGUGGUGACCGGGGUGCAAGUAACAAGACAGACAGUGCUGAUCCUCGAGAUCUUGAGAGGCGCGUUUUUGUUGGAAAUUUACCCACCGACUCCAUGGUGAGGAAGGAUUUGGAGGAUAUGUUCCUUAAAUAUGGCAAGAUAAAUGCUUUGUCAAUGCACCAUGGAUUUGGGUUUGUGCAGUUUGAUCGUGUUGAGGAUGCUAAAGCUGCCGUGCAAGGAGAGAACGAUCGAAUGUGUAGAGGGUACAGAUUAGAUGUUAAUAUGGCAGCUGAUCGAAGAAAUUCGAAUAAAUCUGCACGGAGACAGAGUCCUCCGAGAAGAGAUCCAUUUGCCUUUGGUGAUGAACGUGAUGUAAGACGUGAUCGCUCCCCACUCAGGCCUACAAGGGAUGAACGUGAUGCAAGAGAUCCUCUGUAUGAUCGAUACAGGGAUACCAGAGACCCCAGGGAGUCAAGCUACAGGCGAGAUGAAGUUUAUGACCGCUAUUACCGCUAUGAUGAUAUUUUGCGCAGGAAGGAGGAGCCAUAUCUGGAUAGAUUCCGUGAGCCAUGGGAUCCCAGAGCAUCUCGGGAUGUUGAUGAUCCCAUGAGAAGAGAGCGCCGAAGAGAAGAAUUGUAUCGCCAGUAUUAUGAUGAAAUCCAAAGACGUUAUGAUGCUGAAAGACCUGUGGAUUGUUCGGUUAUUGUCGUCAACAAGCAGCAAAAUUCCGAUACAGCAACAAGAUCUAACUGGCAUUACUGUGAGCUACAUCAUAGUCACAUGGAAUAUGCAGAGUCUGUUGGUCGUAAGGUUCGCGACCUUGGUAUGGUGGUUGACUUGAUAUUCCUGAAUACUGAAGUGUCGCUUACUCAAGCUCUUGAAGAUGUCAGCAGAGGAGGCACAGCAUUUGCAAUUGUUAUUACUCAACAACAUGAAAUACACAGAUCAUGCACUGUCAAUAUCCUGUUUGGGACACCACAGGAGCAUCGUAACAUGCCAAUAGCUGAUGCUAUGAUCUUGGUUGCACGUAAUUAUGAAAGGUACAAGACAGAAACGCGUGAAAAGGAGCGGGAAGAGGUUGCAAGAAAGGCAGCAAAAAUGGCAGAUGAAGUAAUCAUGCGUGAACGUGAACCUACCCAAGGAGGGCUUGAAGAGCGAGGAAACCCCCCUAGCAUCCAGCCAUUAUUGCACCUACUUGUGGAUGGAAGAUACCUUUCCUUGGAGGAAAUUGAUAAAAUCAUAGAAUAUCUGAGAGAGAAAAAGGAACGGUUUCUUCGAGGAGGAGAUUCUUUGCAUGGAUCUGUUCACAAUCCAGCUCCCAUGCAAAGAACAAACAUGGGCUCUGUUGGAAUCAGUCCACUUGAUGCACAACAGUCUCUGCCAAAUGCUCAAUCUUUGAAGGGAGGUCCACAGGAUGCACAAGCAACACAACAGCAAGAGCUGCAAGCAAAGAUCCUAAGCCUCUUCAACAGUGGAGCGUCUGGUACCAAUACUAAUACUGCAGGAGCACAGGGCCCCACAUAUGGAAGUGCACUAAACACCCAGCCUCAAAGUCGUGCUGGUCAGCUUGGUCUCAGUAAUUCUUCAUAUUUGUCUCAAGCUCAGCAGCGCAUGACAGGCCCUAAUUCACAACUUCCACCUUUAAUAAAUCAAUCAGUUGCACCAAGAGCCACUGCAAUUCGCUCACCUCUGCCUCAAACCCAAGGUAUUUAUGGCCAGCAGCAACCUCGAGGUCCAAACCCCAUCCAGUCAAAUGCUUUGUCUCAGGCCCAGAGAUCUGGUGUUGCAACAGGUAUAAACUUUGAUAACCCUAGUGUGCAGAAAGCAUUGGAUACUCUUAUUCAGAGUGGCCCAUCUCUUUCCCACUUGGUAAACCAAGCAUCUGCUCAGGUACCACGUACUGGGCAACCAAUGAACCAGGCUUCUAUGGCGUCUUACCAGCGCCACUACUAAGUCUGGGGUUGGGUGGAAUUGUCUUUAAAGAAGAGCAGUCAGCACAUCUAUUGAAUCCCCUUAAGGCUACCUGUUAAGGUUUCAUAAACAAAUGUCGGUAUCCAGAGAGUGCUUCAAUAAAUCUGGUUAUUGUUGGGUUUGAAAGUGAUUUUAAGAAAUCCAUAACGAUUUUAUGGUAGCCAGGAAAUGAAAAUUUUUAUAAAGGCACUCGAUAUCGGUUGUUACUGUAUAUAAUUUAAAAAAACUGCAUUUGUUAAUGAACAAGGCCUUAAUGCAAUCACUCGGUUCUUUAUGACUUUAAUCUUUUAAAAUAUAUUAAAAAAAAAUUGGAAAUGUUAGCCAGAUGAUUGUGUAUUAAAGCAUGAUGCUGCAGUCUGAAUCCAAUGUUUUAAAAUGGGUAUUUCCAAAAAUGUAACUAAAACCCAGGAUAGCAGAUCUCUUACAAAAGUAAACAAGUUUUUUUUAUAUUUUAAUGUUUUGCCUCUUUUUUUAAUAAUUAGAUAUUACGUCAGACAGGUUUGUGUCGUCAUUAUAGUUCUGUAAAAUUGACUUUUGUAAUUUUUAUGGUUUUCUGUUACAUUUGUGAUUUCCCUUCCCUUAUGUUCACUCUCUGCAGCUAUGAGAAAUUGUUUUACGUGCUUCAUUUGUAGCCGGAACCAUUUGCAGUUGUGGAAUGGUGGCUGUAUAUAUUUCUUAGUAGAAAUGUUAAUGUUUGAGUCACUACUUUCAUCUGGUUUGUAAAGAAUAAACGUUUCUCUUCCAUUUUUCCCCUUUUUAUUGUGUAUGUAUUGGAUGGGCAGGAGAAUGUUGGAGUCCAAAACCUGAGCAAAGAUGGGUGACAGAAAACCAGUGUAAACACAUUCCAUUCUAAGUAUAAUAAAAGCUUUUUCCCCACUGCAAUAUGAACAAGGAAGGUUGAAGAGUAAAGUUAAAUAUUGAGCAAUGGCAAGUGAAUCAUAACAGCAAAAAAAAAUGGUACGGUGGAAGCGAAGAUUUUGUUUUUGAAAACCUGUCUGAAAUAGUGUAGCAGAAAUUGGAAAGUUGACAAGUGGGCAUGAACUUUCACUGCAGAAAAAUGGGCAAAAGUUGAGAUUUCUGAGACUUGGUCUGUCUGAGUACAAGUUGUGAACAAUGUGCUUAAGGUCAACUAUGAAUGUUUAUUUGAAGGCUAGAUCCUUAUUUAAAUGGAAUCGAACUGAAGAUGAAAUGAAGAAUGGUGCAUAAUUGGAUCACUGUUAAUUAUCAAAGAAGCCCUUUGGACCUGUGGUCAAUAAAAACACCCAAGAAGCUGCAGUUGAAAUUUUUCUACAAAUAUUGCAAGUGGUGUACUGAUUAUUAAUCUGAGGCUAAUAGUUCAACAUCUGUGAUGGGAUGUCACUUCAGAUUAGUUUGAUUCUGUGGAGUCAAUAUAUGGUUUUUACUGUGCAUUUUUCUAAUCCCUGUGGAAGUUUGACCAGUAGCAAGAGUUCCAUAAUCCAGAGGAUUACAGAUACAAGGCCAUGCAUUUUCGUGUUUAAGAAAUGUAUUGUCUCAUGAACUGUACAAGAUCAUGACAACCAAAGAGAACACAACUAUCAACCAGCUCUUUAAAAUGAUAAUGACCCAGUGAAUUUUCUUUGUCACUUCCUGGUCAUUGUUUUUAAGUUCUCCUGUUACAUGAUCUCAUUGAACAAGGAAGCCAGUGUAUAUUACUAGUACAUUUAUGUAAAAAUGCAGCUGCAGCCAUGUGAUUUUUUUUUCAAAAGGGAAUUGUAGUGUUUUUCCUAAACUAGAUUUUAGUAAAACCUACUAGAGCACAGGGAACAACUGGAAAUUAUAAAUUUAGAAAUUAGUGCACCAAUGGUGUAUUUUUAAAAGCUAUAUUAAUAUAGAAAUUAGAUCCCAUAAUAUAGUUAUUGUGUGCCUGGUUAUUUCUAUCUUUGAUCUUGAUGUGCAUCAAUCUUAAAAUGAGAAAUGACUGCUCUUAUUAAAUUUUAGUUUGAAUGUCAGUUUUGGGCUUAAUUCACGUCAUCACGGUGUUUCUUUUGGGUUGGUAAAGAUUGGGAAAAGUCAUCUUUAUAUGUAGGUCAAAUGUUUAGAUUUGGGGUAGUAGUAGAGGGAACAACAAACUUUUCUUUUAAUUAGAUAAAAGCCGUAGUGUUUAUAAUAGGAUUGUAUGGCACAAACAGUAAUGUUAACUUUGUAAUUCCUUGGAGAUUAAACGAAGUACACUGAGGCAGCUGCAUUGCUUGAGUUAGAGGAGCUGAAUUAUAUAGCACUGAAAGAAUAGUGAGUGAUUUCUAACCAAGUUGAGGGAUUAAUAUUGAUCAUAUACAUUGCUAGAAGACCAUCAAAUGCACUGGUCUGCUGCAAGGAUAUAAUUGUAUCCAAACAUCUAUCCCUAUUCUGAUUAAGCACUGAGUCAUCAGUUCCUCUUUUUCUUCUGGCUCAACAGGGUAUUAUUUAUG